GGAUAUUCGAUUGUUUACAAUUCUACGUGGCGAUGAUACUUCGGUAAUAAGUACAGUACGUUGAUUGUAUUAUCAACAAUUUUUUAUGUAUUUAUGUAACAUAUUUACAUAUAUAUGAAACCUACGAUGUACAGGUCAUGGCAAUAAAAAGUUUGAAUUUGUAAAUACAUCUUCCCGAUCGUUUAUCUAACGAUUGAAGUAUCAAAAAUAUUGAUGGUAUGUCCUUGUAUACUUGUAUCCAACACAGUGUGAUGUGUCAAUGUUAUAUAACUUUGUCACGAAAAGUGACACUCAGUAUUUUUAUAUCACGAUAUACUCAAUAUAUCACUAACCUCGACGAAGUGAGACGUAUUCGUUGAAGAUUAAAGGCAGGGUAAACAUACCACAAAAGCAAAAUGGCAAAUCAAUCUUGGAAUGUACUGGUAACGGGUGGUGCUGGUUAUAUCGGUUCUCAUACUGUUUUGGAACUACUGCAAGCCAACUUUCAGGUGGUGGUAAUAGACAACCUUAGUAAUGCCUAUAAAGGAAGUAAUGAUGAAAAACCAGAAUCUCUUGUAAGAGUCGAGAAACUAACGAAUAAAAAGGUUAAAUUUGUAAAUUGUGAUAUAACUAAAAUAAGCGAAUUGAAGGAUGUAUUUCAAAAGAAUGCUUUCCAUUGCGUCAUACAUUUUGCUGCAUUGAAAGCAGUCGGUGAGUCUUGCGAAAAGCCUCUAGAAUAUUAUGAAGUCAAUGUUGGGGGUACUUUAAAUUUGUUGAAUGUAAUGAGAGAACAUGAUGUAAAACGCUUUAUAUACUCUAGUAGUGCUACUGUUUAUGGUGUUCCGGAAAAACUUCCAUUAGUAGAGAAUAUGAAGACUGGAAAUUGCACAAAUCCAUAUGGAAGAACAAAGUAUAUGGUUGAAGAAAUUUUGAAAGAUCUUUGCUUAUCUGAUAGGGUAUGGUCGGUUAUAUCUCUCAGAUACUUUAAUCCAGUAGGUGCACAUCCUUCAGGGCAAAUUGGAGAAGAUCCUAAUGGUAUUCCAAAUAACUUAAUGCCUUUUAUUGCUCAAGUUUCAGUUGGAAAAAGAAAAUCAUUAAAUGUGUAUGGUAAUGACUAUGAUACUCCCGAUGGGACGGGUGUUCGAGAUUAUAUACAUAUUAUGGAUUUAGCUGACGGCCAUGUUAAAGCCAUGAUAUAUCAGAAAAAUCUCAAUCCAACUGGAUUUAAACCUAUAAACUUAGGUACUGGUAAAGGAUAUUCUGUUAUGGAAGUUAUACAUGCAUUUGAAAAAGCAUCAGGAAAGAAAAUACCAUAUGAGAUAGUAGGACGUAGAGCAGGCGAUAUAUCUGCAAGUUAUGCUAAUGCAAAUACAGCGAUUAAAGAGCUAAAUUGGCGUGCUGUAAAAAAUAUAGAUGAUAUGUGUGCGGAUACAUGGAAAUGGCAGCAAAGUAAUCCGAAUGGUUACAAACCUACUUAACGUGUGUAUAAACGUGCUAUCAUGUAAAUAAUAAGUAAUAUACAUAUUUUGUUUUUACAUACUUAUAGAAGUACUAGUAUGAAAUGUUGGUGGUGUAUAGUUACCAAAGUUUAGACCAAAGCCUAAGAAGAGAACGUAUCUGUCAUAUAUCUUGUUAUAAAAAUUUAAACAAAUAUGAAAAAUCAGUUGAUCAAUUUAUUAUUCUAAUUUGAUUUAAUAUCUCAAUAUAUUCGAUAGUUUUACGUUAUAAGUGCAAUGUCAAUGUCAUUCCUAGUAUCUAGUAAUAAUAAAUACGUUUGUUCCUUCUAUUUUAUUUCUAAGUUUAGCAAUAUUUAUAUUUAUUACACAAGUAUCAAAAGUAAAGUUUAAAAGAUUUUUAAAUUGUGUGCCAUACAUUAUUACUUUAGAUCAGUUUGGCAAAAAAGACAAACUUUUACAUUUGAGUACAAAGGUUAUAAAUAUAUUAUUCACACGUGUUUAUUAUAUAUUGUUACCAACGUCUGAUAAAACUUGAUCGUUAAAUUACUUGUUAAAAAAUUUAUCUUGUAAUAAAGGAUAUGUCAAUCUUGAA